AUGUCCAGCGGCAAUGUGGAACGUCUGGGCGACAAUGUGGAAAUCCUAGAUUACGAACCCGAGGGCGAGGCUCCCACCACAGAGCAGUUUCCAACGGCCAGUGCGGGAAGCGAGAGCCCCCCCGUGCCCAUUGUGGUCACCGUCAAUAGUUUGCUGGCCAUCAUCGCCACAGCAGAUCCGGCGGAACUGGAGCGGGCCUACAACACCGGGCGUGCCGUUCUGGAGGAUAUUGUAGAAGCGGCCCAUCUGUCGUCCGAUUCCCCCCCUUCCGCUCCUCCUUUCUCGCUCCCGCCGGAAGACAAAAUAAUUCUCUUGCCCCACGACGAGUUUAUGGCGUACCAAAGGUUGAACGAGAUGUGGCGAAGUGCGAGGCGUGAGGCUGCUCUGGCUGCUGCGGCGAGGAAGCAGGAGGAGGAGCGUAAGGCUGUUCGGGCUGCUGCGGAGAGGAAGCAGGAGGAGGAGCGUGAGGCUGUUCGGCCUGCUGCCGCGAGGAAGCAGGCGGAGGAACGUGAGGCUGCUCGGGCUGCUGCCGCUGCGUGGAAGCAGGAGGAGGAGCGUGCGGCUGCUCUGGCGGAGCGUGAGGCGUAUCUCGAAGCGGCUAGGGCGAAGCAGGGGGCGCUCCGAUCGCGGCUGGAGGAGCUGGAGCCCCGCCACUAGGACCCGCGAGCAGCCCCCUACCCCCGUCAUCGUGUUAUCGUCCCCCCCCCCAAGCAAUCCCGGGUUCCCCUUGGUUACCAUAGUACCGCCUCGCCGCACGAGAAGGAGCGGGAGGUGGCGGCUUUUCCGACGAACGGAAAGGAGCGGGAGAGGACAGCGACUCCGGAGUUUUCGGUGACGUUGGGUCUUCCGGCCGGUGCUGAAGGCGGAGCAUGGUUUGCGGCCGCAACUACCGUGUACGAGUUCCACGUUGGAGAUACAGCGUUCCUGUCCCGACCGCUGGAGAUGCCUGCAGAAGAUGUAACGUUCCACGAUGAGGACAAAUUGGCAGCUCUUAUGGCAUGGGCUGGCAUAAAACAACUCGUCCAUGCACAAUUUCCCCAACCGCACACCGUUGCUUUCGGGCACAUUAUCCAUACCCCGUACAUCGCGAUACUUCCGCCUUCUUCACGGCAGUCCGUGUUCCAGCUUUUGCUCGCUCUCCGUCGUGCCACCUUUGAUAGAGGUCCUCAAGGAACGUCGGUGGUGACACAAGAUGGUGGACUCCAGCUGCCUCUUGCUCGUGCUGCCUCCAACAACGACUUCAAGCACGAUCUACAAGCCCCCCGGCAGGCCUCUUCACGCCCUGCACAUGGUUCUGGAGGGGACAAGGACUACAGUUGGUCGGCGGCUCCUGUGUCCAAGAGCUGGAAGAACCGUUGGGGUGACCAAGAUUCGACGGCCAAGAGCGAGACGGACGACCACCGCCGCUCUACCCAGUCUUCGCGAGGGCGC